AUGUAUUCCUCGACGGUGACGGAAUUCGAGGACUCGUCGAAAAAGAAUUCCUCGGUGGAUUUCAUGGGAGAUAGCGCAUCGGUACCAAAAGAGCCCGCGAAACAAUCCCUGGUAUGGCAGAUGAUUUUCGGAAUCGGUCUGCUCCAUUACCUAUCGAUUUAUGCCCUGGUGACCAAAUACCACGAGGCUACAUUUUGGACCUGGGUCUGGUCUACCGGGUACGGAGUCACUGCUGGACUGGGAGUCACCGCCGGGGCUCAUCGACUCUGGGCGCAUCGCAGCUACUCAGCUAAACUACCUGUGAGAAUAUUUCUAGCCGUCCUCUUCUGCAUCGCAGCUCAGGAUCGGUUCUACAAGUGGAUCCGGGACCACAGAACCCAUCAUAGGUACACGGAGACACCGGCAGAUCCACACGACGCGUCUCGUGGGUUCUUCUUCUCGCAUAUUGGCUGGCUGAUGGUAAAACGACAUCCAGCCGUGAAACGAUAUGGCAGUAAAGUCGACAUGAGCGACGUACUCGCUGACCCGGUGAUACGCUACACCGACAAGGUCUACUACCCCUUAUCAUUUUUCCUGAGCUUCCUCCUGCCUACCCUGAUACCAGUGUAUUAUUGGAACGAAACAUGGUACAUCAGUUUCCACGCUAUGCUUAUACGUUAUACGAUAUCGUUGCACUUGACUUUCCUCGUAAAUAGCGCCGCUCACCUGUGGGGAAAUCGUCCAUAUGACAGUAGAAUGAAUCCCGUGGAGAGCCCCUCGGUGGCGUUCGUUGCCCUGGGAGAAGGAUGGCACAACUAUCACCACUCUUUCCCAUGGGACUACAAAGCAGCCGAGUUAGGAAACUACGGACUGAAUCCCAGUACGGCAUUUAUCGACUUCAUGGCCUGGUUAGGGUUGGCCUACGACCUCAAGACCCCCUCCAAAGACGUUAUUCACAAGAUGUGCCUAAAGAAGGGCGAUGGCUCCUGCAGCCUUUGGGGUCGCCAUCACAUUGGCACAGAUUGUACCGAUGAUAACUGCGAGACUGGUAUACAUCGAACCUUCAAUUCCGUGCAAGAGAUUAAAUCAAAAUGAUUCCUUUUACUUUUGCUGUACAAAUUAAUUUCGAGCCCGUGUCUCGUUACGUUACCUUUACUUUUUUUACAUUCUUGUCCUCAGCGCUCAAAGUACCUAUAUGGCGUUGGAUGUUUAGUGUUAAACCAAUUUCUCCUUUUUUGUUAAUGUUGUCGGGUUAAAAGUACUUUAUAGUAUCUUACCGUAUUACCAAGAGGAAGUGUCAGUAUACAAGUAGGUGGACAACGGUGAUCACGUGCAGUCUUAAUAUUUAAUAAAAUUUAUAUGUACUGUUUAAUCGCGUUCGUAUGAAGCCGUUUUAGCUAUCGUCAGUAAACGAUGUUCAUAUACGAAAAAUGACGAUAAAGGCUUUAAAUGCGUUUAUAUGAUUGUUAUAAUGCAAUAGUCAUACCACGAAGACGUUCGUGGGGUAACGUAAACCUAUUGUCACUGCCGUUAAUAAUAACAGUACCUUUAAUAAUAGUAACUGCCCUUGUCGUUAUGUAUUCAAUGCCAGAAUACAUAAAUCGGAGUAUUAUAAAAUUGACAUACAUCUGUCUAACUGAAGAAAAUGUUGCGUAAUUAUAUGAAUGAAAUUUAUGUAACUGGAACUCCACACAAGACUGUCAGUACAUUUCAUUAUUCAAGCUAGUAUUCAUAUAUAAAAAUACUAUAUACUAGUUUUCGCGGUACCGAAUUAUUCUGACGACCGAGAAAUCCACAAUCUUCCUUAAAAAUGUAUUCAAUGUCAGAUGUAUUAGUGUCCCGUACUCAUAAAUAGUUUUACCAGUGAAAAGUUACCAUUAACGAAGGCUCUCGUUAACGAAUCAAACCAUUGUAAAUACCUUGUAAUAAAGAAUCGCGCAA